AUGGAAACGCCAGAAAGGAACAAGAUCAAUGCUGAUACUUCCCAACCUGAGGAUUCUCCAGUAUUUAACUAUAUGAAUACUCUAUCUCCUGUAAAGCCCAUUAAGUCUGUUUAUUUUACUCAGCCAUUCAACUCACUCAGCUUUCCGUCCCCUCCACCGGUUUUCACCUCACCCCAUGCCAACUGUCCCACGGAAUCCGGAUUCCUUAGGAGGCAUGACCUUUUGGACACAUCCACACUUAAUGUUUCGUCUGAAGAUGUAAAUAUUAUCUCUUUACGUGAUGAGGUUGUUGCAGUUUCAACUCAUGCAUGUUAUGACACAGUUGAGAUGCAGGAAAAUACUGAUCAACAGAUUUCCGUUGGAGAUGGCUUAAUUGAGCCAUCUAAUGGAAACCCAGAAUUCUUACUCAAGCUUCCACAAGCCUUAAAAUAUAAUUCUGGGACCACUGGGUAUGAUCCUCUACUUUGUAGUGAUGAGGCUAACUCUGUGUUGGAAUUACCUCGCAAGCCAGCACCAGAUUUUGCUUAUGUUUCAGAAGGCUCUGAAAAAGAUUCGGUUAAGGAGGAAAUCCAUAUUCCAAGCAUAUGCCACAGUGAGGCAAAAAAGAAAGGCCCAGAUUGUGAUUGCGAAAGUUUUGUGACUGGAACCUCUAAUCUGUUAAUGUUUGGUUCUUCGAUACAUUUUAGCAAUAUAACGAAUUUGUUACAAAAACCUUCCACCAAUCGUGGUCAUGGAAAGCACAUUAUUAAUCCAAUUGCUUCUGGUUCAGAACAUGAAACUGAAGGCUGUUCUUCUAAAUCAAUAGCAGCCUCAGAUACAUCUCAGGAACAGGACAAUCUUGCCAAUGAUGCUUUGAUGACUAGCAAUUCAAGUGAGAAAACGGGUGAAAACCAAUUCACAUGUGCAAGCCAAUUCGUUUUGCUGCUCUCUGCAAGCCAAGAACAGAAACUAUCAACGGUACCUGCUUCAGUGGAAAGAGAUUUGGAGUCAUCAAAGAAUGUCAUUCAGCCUGCUGAAGAUUUUAUCCCAUCAGUAGUUCACAUGGCUGAUGAAGAUUUCCAGCAGAAUAACCAAAAAAAGAAAAGGCGCAAGUUGGAACCAGCUGGGGAAAUGAAGUCUUGCAAGGGGUGUUCUUGCAAGAAAUCGAAGUGUUUGAAGCUUUACUGUGCGUGCUUUUCUCAUGGUGUCUUCUGCACAGAAUCUUGUUCAUGUAAAGACUGCAUUAACAAGCCUAUUAACGCUGAUAUUGUUGCUCAAACUCGCGAGCAGAUUAAGUCUCGAGACGCACCUGCAUUUUCUCCUAAAAUUUCAAGAAAUUCAGACUCGGUACCUGAAAUCGGGGGUGACCCUCACAAAACUACAGUUUCAGCACGACACAAAAAAGGAUGUAAUUGCAAGAAAUCAAGAUGCCAACAGAAAUAUUGUGAAUGUUUUCAGGGAAAUGUUGGUUGCUCCUCAAAGUGUAGAUGUGAAGGGUGCAAGAACUUAUAUGGUAGAAGAGUUUCUUCUCCUGGAAAAGCUGAGCCUGAUGAAGAAACAGAAGCAUGUGAAAAGGGUUUAGUGAAAAAAGCUUCACAGAAAACUGGAAUUAGGAAUAUUGAUGACCAUCCAGAUAGUGUUUUUACUACAACACCGUCAGGGCUUUCCAGACCUCCCUUUCCAUCAGAGGGUAUGCAACCAAGAUCUGUUGCUACCAUGACAGCUUCAGGAUUUGUUGGCAGCCAAAUGCUUGGGAUAUCAGAUGUUCCACAGUCUCAACCUAAGUUUGAAAAUUCUAGUCAAACUGAUCCAGAGGAUGAGUCUGCUCUCACUUGCAUCAAAAUUUCUUCUUCAAAUGCCAAGAGGAUCUCCUCUCAAAAUGGUGACUUUGAAUCAUCUCCUACUUGCAGCUGUGGGAGGAAGUUGACAUUUCCAAGCGGCCCUCCAUUUUCUUUUCUUGCCCCUCCCCGUUAG